GAGAUUCCGCACGCAUUCCAAUUUCCAAAGCCGAGCGAAGAAGACGAGUGAAAAUCACCGUCAGCAACAAGAAGAAGAAGAUAACAACCUCGCUUCCCUCGCCAAUUUUCAACUGUCUCACUCUCUCUCCCUCUCUCUCUAGCACUCGAACGGAGACUUCAUUGCCAGAGAAUUCUACGUUUUUUUUAAAAAAAAUUUCUUUGAAGGAUGGGAAAGAAGCGCGUUAUGGUGCCCGCGAACGAAGUUGAUUUGACGGCGGUGAAGUACGAGCCUGAAGUGAUCCAAGCUCCUCAUAUGGCCGGAGUGUCGCUGAAGUUAUUUGUUAAGUUAGUUGAAGUCCCAUUGAUUGGCUCUUUAAUCAUAUCUUACUUCAAGAAGCAGAAUAAAAUGUCUGAGAUUUUGCAGAGUACUGUGAUACCAGAGACACCAAUGUUUAUACCUGAAUUUCCUCCCCAAGAACCAGAGCCUGCUAUUGUUGGUUUGGAAGAAGAUGGAAAACCUGAAGACCAAGUUGAAUUAGCGUUGAAGUGUCUCCCACACUAUGAUGCUGCAACCUGUUGGACUGGCAAUUCAACUCCAUCCUUCCGCUACUGGAAGAUACGUGAUUAUGCACACGCUUAUCGGUCUAGGCUGGCAAACCCAUCUAUGGUUGCAGAGCGCUUCAUCUCAGCCAUGGAAGAGUUCAGCAAUAAGAAUCCCCCAGCACCACUAUUGGUUUCUUUUGAUGCCGAGGAAGUAAGAAAGCAAGCCGCAGCUUCUACACAAAGGUUUGAGGAAGGAAAUCCAUUGUCAAUCUUGGAUGGGAUUUUCAUGGCAAUCAAGGAUGAUAUAGAUUGUUAUCCCCAUCGAUCAAAAGGUGCAACAACAUGGUUUCAUGAGGUCCGCCCUGUUAGAAAGGAUGCAGUUUGUGUAUCAAGAUUACGUAAAUGUGGUGUGAUUUUUGUUGGAAAGGCAAAUAUGCAUGAAUUGGGCAUGGGAACAACUGGAAACAAUCCAAACUAUGGGUCAUUGUGUGAUGCAGGCACUGUGGAAAUUAUAGGACCAAUUGCGUCAAACGUGGAGGAUCUGAUGCUUGUGUAUGCCACAGUUUUGGGCUCCUCUCCUUCUGAUAGAAUCAGUUUAAGACCGUCCCUCCCCUGUUUGCCCAAUUUGUCAUCACAUGAGAGCUCAAAUGCUUUGGGAGCACUGCGAUUAGGGAAGUAUACAGAGUGGUUUAACGAUGUAUUCUCAACCGAUAUUUCUCAGAAGUGUGGCAACAUCCUUAAGCUGCUAUUGGAAAAGCAUGGGUGCAAAACAAUAGAGAUUGUAAUACCUGAGCUGCAUGAGAUGCGCAUGGCUCAUCUUGUUUCAAUUGGUUCCGAAGCACUAUGCGGGUUAGCACCUGUCUGUGAGGACGGGAAUGGUGUGAAACUUACUUAUGACACUCGCACUAAUCUGGCUCUGUUCCAGUCAUUCACAGCUUCAGAGUAUGUUGCUGCCCAGCGUAUUAGACGAAGGAUAAUGUAUUACCAUACGGAGAUCUUCAAGAAGGUUGAUGUCAUAGUGACCCCAACAACUGGCAUGACAGCGCCUGUAAUACCUCGGGAAGCACUUGCAUGUGGGGAGACAAAUUUGCAGGUUACAGGUAAUCUCAUGCGAUUUAUUAUAGCAGGAAAUCUUCUUGGACUCCCGGCCAUUUCUGUCCCUGUUGGCUACGAUAAGCAAGGCCUGCCAAUAGGUUUGCAACUAAUAGGCCGGCCAUGGGGUGAAGCUACAAUUUUGCGCUUGGCUGCUGCAGUAGAGGAACUCUGUGCUGAGACUAAGAAGAAACCUAUGUCAUUUUAUGACAUUUUAAAGGGGAACUGAGAAACCUGGGUUCAAUUCGCGCUUCUCAUGGUUUAUUUGCUUUUUUGAGCACAAAACGAAAUAGCAUAUAUAAACAGUUACAGAUUUUGUAAGUUUGUGUGCUGGUUCGACCAACACCCUGUCCACUUUAGUUACACAUAGAUAUAGAAAGGCAAAACUUAAAACUAAAA